AAUGGAACAAUUCACAAUACCAAAAACCUUUAAGGCAGCCUAAUUAGUUGAAUACGGAAAAGAUCUUUAAAUUGCUGAAAUAGAAACUCCAUAGUUAUAGGAUGGGCAACUUUUAAUAAAGGUUGAAGCAGCCCCAGUCAAUCCAUCAGAUCUAUAAUUAAUUGCAGGACACUAUCCAGCAGGCAAAGUAUUACCUGCUGUCCCAGGAAUUGAGGGUUCAGGAAUUGUAGUCUAAUUAGGGUAUUUAUAUUAUGUUAUCUAUUAGACCAAAUGUAGAAAAUGUUAAAUUGGGUACUAAAGUUGCAUUCACUGCUCCCUCUAACUAUGGUAGCUAUGCCCAGUAUGCUGUCACAACUAGUUAGAAUAUAAUUCCCCUUGAUGAUGAUAUCUCCUUUGAACUAGGAGCAUCAUCAAUAGUAAACCCUGUUACUGUUCUACUCAUGUUAGUAGAAACAUAGGAAUUAGGAGCUAAGGCUAUAGUCCAUACUGCUGCUGGUUCAGCCUUAGGAAGAAUGUUAGUUAGAUAUUUCUAAGAUUCAGGAAUUGACGUCAUUAAUGUUGUACGUAGAUAAGAAUAGGCUGAUCUUCUUAAAUAAGAAGGUGCCAAAUAUGUGUUAAAUCAAACAUCUGAAACCUUUUUCCAAGAUCUAAAUGCCUUAGCUACAUAAUUGAAGUAAUAUUUAUUUUUAAUAUUUUAGUGCCACUGUCUUUUUUGAUGCUAUUGGAGGAAGUUUGACAGGAUAGAUACUCACUUAAUUACCAAAUAAAUCAACAGCCCUUGUUUAUGGAUUGUUAUCAGGAUAACCUAUAAGUGAUGUCACUGCAAAUGAUUUGCUUUUUAAGAGUAAAACUGUAAAGGGAUUUUGGCUUGCAACUUCAGUACACAAAUAUAAUCCUUUUGCUGAUGUCAAUGCAUAAAAGAAGUUAAAUGAAUUACUCAAAACUACAUUAAAGACAGAAUAUGCUAAUUAAUAUCCACUUGACAAAAUUGUUGAAGGAAUAGAAUAUUAUAAAGUAAAUCAAACUUCAAGAAAGAUAUUGAUUAGACCAAAUUAAUGAA